AUGUCGACGACCAUCACCGAGACCGUGAACCAGGUCGAGCAGCGGCCAACGCGAGUCGUGGCCGUGCAGGACCAUGCAGGCGAUGAUGUGCCUCCUGCGGAAGAAGAUGCCAAAUUCCAGGCAAUUGGGCGGGGGAACCGUAAUGGGACCCUGAAAUUGCGCGGCAUUCCGACCUUCACAGACCCUUAUGCGAAGAGGAAAUGGAUGAAGGAGCACAUGGCGGCUGCGUUUCGAUUCUUUGGGAAACGAGGUUACGGAGAGGGUGCCUCUGGCCAUAUCUCCAUGAGGGACCCCGUCCUGAAGGAUCAUUUCUGGAUGAAUCCGCUUGCCAGGCACUUCUCGACCAUCAAGGCAUCUGACCUAGUCCUCGUCGACAGCGCCGGCUAUGUCACCGAGGGCGGAAACCAGGCCGUCAUCAACGAGGCGGGCUUCAUCAUCCAUUCGGAGAUCCACAAGGCCCGACCGGAUGUCGUUGCCGCUGCUCAUACACAUGGAGUUUAUGGCAAGACAUGGAGUGCGUUUGGCAAGCCCAUUGAGAUGAUCUCUCAAGACGCAUGCAAUUUCUAUGGAAAGCUGAGCGUAUACGAUAACCACGGUGGCGUGGCUCUUGCUAAAGAAGAGGGCGAAGCAAUCGCCAGGGCUCUUGGGAAAGACAAUAUUGCCUGCAUCUUGCAGAACCAUGGACUGUUGACCGUCGGCAAAACCGUUGACGAGGCUGCGUUCUUGUUCUACAGUCUGGACAAAGCCUGCCACUCGCAACUCAUGGCCGAAGCGGCCGCAGCGAAUGGAGUCCCCAAGAAGAUCAUCCCUGACCACGUUGCGAAAUACACUGCGGAUGCGGUUCAGAAUCCGCCUGAAUUCGAGCUGAUUGUUGAGGAGACCGGGGGCAAGGUUCUUGAGUAG